AUGUUUAAAUCAUUUCCUAACGAAGAUCAAUUUAAGUUGAUAUUACUUGAACCAACUAAAUAUGAAACCAAUUGCGAGGUUCCAACUGUUAUAGUAUUUCGCAUUGUCGAACUUAAUUUGAUAAUUGGGGGAUACAAUCCAUUUAAGUUAAAAUACUCAUCAAUGCAUUCACCUUCCUUAAAGGCUAAAAUGGAAUAUAGUUUUAUGUUCAAAAUUGAUAAUGAUAAAAAAAUUAAAUUUGUUUCUAUUUUAGGGACUAAAUAUUUUAAUUUAAAAUAUAAUUAUAUUAGACCAUUAAAUAUCUUUGACUUUACAUUUCACCAUAAUUAUAAAAAUAUUUCUUAUAAGCAACAUUUUUAUCCUAAAAUUUUAGAUGGUAGUUAUUACAAUGUCGAAGGAUUAGAAGUCUUUAAAGUAGUUGAAAGUGGUUGA